CAGUCAUCCAUCACUUGGUUUCUCUGAGAAUUAUACUUCAACAGGAGUUUAAUCAGACGUUCCUCCUUCUACCAGACACACAUUUUGGAAGCUGCUGCUGUCCACCCUCCUCGAGAUCCGUAAACGCACCAUCGGUGGGGGGUGUGGAUCCUUGCUGACUGGAAGCAGGAGGGUCAAAGCAUGGGACCGCGGUUCGAGUACUGAGGCAGUCAAGCUAAACACGGCGACCAAAGCAGCGCCAGCUUCACUUUAGACCGAAUCGCCGGUGCUGUCAUCCCGCCCCUUCACCCCUACGCGCGUGGUUCUUUCUCCGCGGCGCGAAGGGGCGACGUCGGACUCGGGCUGACUCGGGUUCAGUCCAUGAAGGAGGAUGGAGAUACAGAAGAGGACGAAUGGGUUCGACUACCCGGAGAGAAACGACGCCAAGCCAGUAAACGGUUUUUACAGUGAUCAUCAGCUUGAAACUGAGCACAACAACAGCAUGGAUGCAGUCGGGGAAAAUAACCUAGAUGAUCCAACUGACCAGCGUACUUGCCUUAUCUGUGGAGAUCGCGCCACAGGCCUGCACUAUGGCAUCAUCUCCUGCGAGGGCUGCAAGGGCUUCUUCAAGCGCAGCAUCUGCAACAAGCGCGUGUACCGCUGCAGCCGCGACAAAAACUGCGAGAUGUCACGCAAGCAGCGCAACCGCUGCCAGUACUGCCGCCUGCUCAAGUGCCUUCAGAUGGGAAUGAACCGUAAAGCAAUCAGAGAGGACGGCAUGCCUGGAGGGAGGAACAAAAGCAUUGGGCCUGUGCAGAUAACAGAGGAGGAGAUCGAACGGAUCAUGUCGGGCCAGGAGUUCAAGGAGGACGCCCCGGAGCACACCUGGGGCAACAACGGCGACAGCGACCACAGCUCGCCAAGCAACGGCGCCUCGGAGGGCAACCAGCCGUCGCCUGCCUCCACUCUGUCGUCCAAUCGCUCCGCUGAAAUGAACGGCUACACAGCAGCCCUGCGGGACCAGUACAUUAACACCUCCAUGCCCACGCAUUACCAGCUCCUGCCUCACCUGUUCAGCUACGCCGCCCAGUCUGGCCUGCUGGCCUCUCAGCCCCGCAACCUCUACCCACAGUCCCACCCUCUGGUGCAGCAGCUGGUGGCUGCUGAAGAGCUGACCCCUCUGACCACUCCAAUGCUUAUAGAAGAAGAGUACAAAGUAACACAAGUGGAGCUGUUUGCUCUGCUGUGCCGUCUGGCAGACGAGCUGCUCUUCCGCCAGAUCUCCUGGAUCAAGAAGCUGCCCUUCUUCUGUGAGCUCUCCAUAGAGGACUACACCUGCCUGCUCAGCUCCACCUGGCAGGAGCUCAUCCUGCUCUCCUGCCUCACUAUCUACAGUGGCCAGAUCUUUGGAGAGCUGGCUGACAUCACCGCAAAGUACACGCCAUCUGACGACGAGCUUCAGGGAUUCAGCGAGGAUGGGAUGGAAGUAAUGGAGAGGUUGAUCAUUCUGUUUCGCAAACUCCACCAUUUAAAGAUCAGCAAUGAGGAGUACGCCUGUAUGAAAACCAUCAACUUCCUCAAUCAAGAUAUCAGAGGACUGUCCAACAUCUCCCAGCUUGAGCAGCUGAAUAAGCGCUAUUGGUGCGUGUGUCAGGACUACAUUGAGUCCAAGUACCCACUGCAGCCUAAACGCUUCCCUGAGAUCAUGAUGUGUCUGCCGGACAUCCGCUGCAUCUCAACAAAGCUGGUGAACGUCCCUCUGGAGCAGCUCCCUCUGCUGUUCAAAGCAGUCUUGCACUCCUGCAAAUCCAGCCUGACCAGCUACAGGACCGGCCCGUCGCCCUGCGUGACCGCCUCCACCGGAAACUAAACCCUCCCCGACACCCGAGUCGAGGACUGGUCUCCCCUCUUGUGAAUGUGACAAGCAGCUAGUUUGUUUUUUGUAACUUUUUUCUUUAUAUAUUUAUUACACGACAGAGCUGAAUGUAUGCUGAUUUACACUGUGCACAUGCUUCUGUACAAAACAAAUGCUCGUAGAUGCAUUGGUCUUUGGAGUUUACAAGCAUGUAUCCAUUUUGCUCCAUGUGUCAGUGUUGCCAUUGUUAGAGCUAGACUUUAAAAGAGUUUAUUUUAUACAGAUGGGGCGCCUAGGCAUGCGCGACGAGUGUUUUGAGACUACCUCAGGAAGAUGUUGUUGCUAUUUUCAGGUACCUUUUCUUACUGUUAAAUGAAGAAAAGGUCUAAACCAGUCUAAACCAAAACCCUGUGGAUGCUUUGGUACCUCAAUCAGAGAUGAAUGUUCAAAGAAGCUGCAUAAAUCAGUCUGAAAAACAGUUUUUUGUUACACUGAAAAUGCAAAAUGAAUUAGCAAAAGUACUCUCAGACAUCCUACUUUUAGGAGGCGGUCUUGUCAAUUUAACAUUCCAUGAGUUAAGGUGACAGUUGUUGGAUCUGUGGGAUCAUUGAAUAGGAGCAUACGGGUAUUUUUUAACAAUCAUAGACUAGGGAUGUAUGGCUUUAUUGCAGGGGAAGGGGCGGAUAGCUAGGUUUGCUGUUUUUCUUUUUAUUAUGUUUCUCUCUUGACCAAAGUGUUAUGCAAAGACUAUAUCAAGCGCCCGCUGAUGGGUAGGGAGCUGACAGCUCAACAAAACCCUUUUCUUAUCCAUGAAGGAUGAGGAUAAGAAAUGAAUCAGUCUGUUUCAGAGGCAAGACGCUCUGCAGGACAGAAAAGUUCCACAUUUCAUUGCAAACAUGCGCGUUUUCUCGCGUGCACACAUAUGCACAGAGCAGACAUGAUGGCUCUCGUUUUUUGCUCUUCAUUGCCAAGGAAGAUGGUGCACUUUCGCUUGCUCUCGACACAGCAUAUCUGGCUGUAUGUGAUUAAAAAUGUGCGAGCUUCACGGGUGAAAGCGAUAUACAUCGAUCAGCCACAACAUUGAAAUAUCGGGGAAGUUUCUGAUGUAUUGGGACAUUUGGGUCUGUCAGCCCAUCUGUGGUCUCUGGCAGUGGCUCAUGUCAUGGAUAACGCUUCCUGCAGACUGAAUUUUGAGCUUGGUUCGAUUUGAGGACAAACCACGCUUUCCCAUAGUCCUGGGGGAGACAGUUGGUACUGGGGCAUGCCAUCAUUUUUAACAAACACCACUUUACUGAUAACCCAAGCUUAGGGUUGGGUUUUUGCUUUACUCACAAUUGAAACAGGCCCAUAAAUUUUAAUUUUAAUACAUUUUAGCCUUGGGGAAGGAUUUUUAUUUGGGUGGUUGGAUGUUAUUGUAACCCUAACCCUAUAUGGGUUGGCUCCACAUUAAUCCCGGCACUCAAGCUCUCCCAGCAGAGCUUUGCAUAGAAACAAAGUAACGAUUACUUUUCUCUUCACCUGUCCGUGGUUUUAAUGUUGUGGCUGCUUGGUGUUGCCCAUCUUAGUGGAACCCACUGAAACCAACCAUUUAAAAAAUCAGUGUUUAUUGAUCGAUCAGUUUUGCUUAAGAGGUUAAUUUCGAUUUUUCAAACCAGUUGUUGAAUUUCAAAGUUCUAUUGGCCAGUUUUGAAUGGCAAUCAAACGUUUUUAGAUGUAGAAUGUAAAUCAGACCACACUUGGUUUCCACGGGCAUCAGACCGCGUGGACAUCCAGCUACGGUCCGACUGUUUUUAAAUGAGAUGAAAGUGAAAAUACCAUUUAUGCAGAACUGGCUUAAAGUUGAACAUCUAAUCACUUUAAUCCAGCCGUAAGUGGACUCGGUGUGAUCGACUAGGGCUUUACCUCAAUCAGUUUAGGCCAGGUUUGGAGAAUUUUAGGGGAUGUACCCCUGGCUUGCAUACCCACAGAUAUGCACGUUGUUUUAAAAAGUGUAGCCAUAGAGAAAUGGUCUUUAUUUUUAAAGUGUGAGAUGAUCUUUUCUGACCACUUGAAGUGUCUUUUCUGGCAACUUCACGAUUUGCGUCAUUUGAAAUGCAGACAAAAUGCAGUCCCCGCAACAACUCCCUUUUUUGCACACGACAGUGAGGUUUGGAGACCUUAACCCUUGAUCUUGGCCACUGCCCACCCAAUGUGUUCCUCUCUCAGGUCCCUGCUGACCUGGAUAUAUACAGGGUAAAGUGAGUGUUAUGUAUUGCAUUCAGGAGUUCGUCAGUGACCAUACUGAUGUACUUGUAGUAUUAGUAGAUGUAGCUUCCAGGACAUUGUAGGUCCUGUUGUAGAAAGGUGUUUUUGUUUUUUGUUGUUUCAACUUUAUUUCCCUCAAGGUCCCCACCCCACCCACACUCCCCUUCAUUCAGGGAAAGUAGAAUUAGUUUGCAGGGCAGGUUUUGUAAAACUCUCAGCAUUGAUGACGGACGAAGCAAAAGGCAUCUUUCCAAUGUCACGGCUUCCCUCCCAUUGUGCGCAGCCCUAACAAAACCACCAGUCCAAUCCAGCGUUCCUUCUUGAAAUGCUUCAGUUAGCCUCUUUUUGUCUUUUGAGUUUUUUGAAUGUUUUAAUGUACCUUUUGUAGUUUAUAAUUAAGAAUGUCUUUUUAGCUUUUUUGGGUUUGAUUUGGAGUGAAGACAACACCUAUCAUUUUCUAAACUUUGGCUGAUUUCUUCAUUAUUGUUGUUGACGUUCACUUGUUCACUGUGUUCAUUAAAGAAAGUAUUACUCAGGCUUUGUCAGCAAUGCUUUACAUGCAUGCUGCUGACAUUUUGGAUCUGUUUCUGUAAUCUUGGAAUAAGUUUAAACCUCAAAUGUUGUGCUGUGGAGCCGUCUCUGGAGACAAAAGCCUCAUGUUCAUCCAUCAGGUGACCAGCACACCACACAGGGGUAGGGUUACGUUUGAGUCACGUGCCAGACGAGCACAGUUUGAUAAACUCUUAGGUUCCAAAGUUAAUCUUUGGGUGGAAUAGAUGUGAACCUAACCGUUACCAUGGUAACCAGGUUACCAUGCACCUGAUCACCGGUGAACCACUUGGGUCCACAUUUUCAGAAAGUCUAAGAUGUUUAAAUUCUUCAGUUUUGUUUCAGGUGUUUCAGGUUGUAUAAAAACAGCUCGACCAAACCCUGAUCCUCCACGGGUCGCUGGCUAACUGCUGGAUGUUCAGAUUUUGCAGAGAUGAACAAAUCCAUUUAAUGUUGCCUUUAGCGGUGCUGAAAUGUUUGGCUUUUAGCUUGAGAUAGCUGCCUCCCUCCCAAACAACUGAUAGUGUUAUGUUUUAAAAAAAAUCUCCUUCAUUGGCUACAUGUAGAGGCAGCAUUCCUCCACAUGUAUUAACUCUGAAAACAUUAAACCAAACUAUCUGACAAUAUUACAUUAUCAUGUAGCUUUGGUGAACCAACCCUUUAGAUCACAAUAUCUCAGGACACGUCUAUGUACCAAAGGUCUCAGUGUGAUGAAACGGUUCAAAUCCCCUUAAACGCUGCUCAGAGACCCUGUCAGACUGUCCCAUGUGUCUGUGCAACACUGCCAGAAAAACAGCAAAAUGACUGGAGGAAUGCACUGAUCACACUGAGAUCUGACAGUGGAGCAGGAUCUGAGGGGUUUCUCCUUUAAUGUGAUGCCAAACAAUAUCUGCUUAUCAACAGUGAAUCCCACUGCAGCCACCUUUACUGGCAGCACUCUCACUUGUUAAACGUUACAGUUUGAUACACGCACGCUGGUGUUCUUUUUUUCACUUCCUGUGUUUGUAUUGGUUGUGUGCAGACAAAGGGAUGUGUCAUUUCUAAACUACCUCUGUAUUUUUCACAGUGUUACUAAUGUCAAACACGUGUUUUUCUUAUUUAUUGGUUUCAUAACACCAAUGUUUUUGUUGACCUUACAGAGGCAUGUGAACCACCAACACUUGUUUUCUUCUUCGUUGCCUUGUAUUCCUCUCUACCUCAGGUACUUUUAGGGACCCUCUUCCUCCUUUCUUUCUUUUUUUUUAAAUGUGCUGUUUCAUGUUAAAUUAGCGUCAUCUUAUAUUUCACUCCUACCCUGUUAUCAAAAAUCACAUACCAAAGAUGAAAGAAUGUCAAUGACAAUGUCAGUGCACUGAUUAAGCAUUCAUGUGAUAUGUUCUGGCUGAAGUUAACCAGUGUUGCAUUUUUCCAUGUUGACCUUAUCCAAAUAUGCCUCAUUAUCUGUUGAAUGGCUGUUUGCUGAAUUCGCCAUACCAUGAUAUGCCUGUGUGUGUGUGUGUGUGUGUGUUUGAUUGUUGUUCGUUGGUGAAGCAGAUAACACACUCAGUAUUAUACCCCAGCAGCCGGUGCUGCAUGUGAUCAGUUGUCAAUCGCAGGAUGUAACCGUGGUCAGGCUGACACUUCCUCCUGUUUACUCACUCGUGUAACCGUAACACUGUGACCACAGAUGGACGGACCGCUGUGGUGUGAGCACUGGGGCUGGACACAGGACGACACCCAGGCUCAGCCUUUAAAGUCGCUGUCCUGUUGUUAAUGGCCUUUAACGCCAUCAACUCAUUUGUAAGUGAGACGUUCAAAAGACUCACUUUCCCACAGAAACAGCUUGUAUUCACCACACUUUCUAUAGAAUGCUCGUCCACUCCCUCUAGUUUUUAUCUAAUUUGCUUUCCCUUGUAACUAGAAGAACAGGAAAGUGGGUGUGGCUUCUAAACCAGAGCCAGAGAUGACCAUUUUAGGGAUUCCUGUUCAAACUGACUUCAUACAUGUUGGUGGGCCUGAAGCAUUGUGUUUUUACGCAUACACACACACAUAUAGACAUUUAGGCCCAUAUUGCUUGUCCUGGAUGGAGCACCAUCCCCUAAUUCCCUGUAACUGAAAACACUAUAGACAGAACAGCAGGUGUCCAGCUGUCAGAGCUUUGUUACAGGCACACGAGGAGCACACCGGCAACAUAUCUCAGGGAACAAAUGGAUUCAUACACAGUCAUCAGAAACUGAAACGCCAUUUAUGUUUUUUCUCUUCAGAAAUCUCUUGUCUGCUCUUGUUACUUUAACUACCUGUGAAGAAUGUGAUCCAUUAUGUGUUAAAAGCAUGUUUAGAAUGUGUUAGGACUUGAAACAAAAUAAAUGUGAACAUAAUGCA